AGCAUUAAAUUAAAAUUUAAUUUAAAUAUUAAAAAGAAAGUAAAAAAUUCAAAUAUACACCAACAGUAGACUGCUCUGGUUUGCAUACAAAGAGGUCCAUUGCUCCUUUGGGUGGGCCGGGCAAGGUCAGGGUCUAAGAAGCGCCUCUGGUGAGGGGCGGGGGGUCAGGCUCUGAUGGCUGCGGGAGGAGUGACUCCUCCCAGGAUGAGGGUCUCUGUCCUCCCAGCGCUCACUCAAGUUCCGUAUUUCCAAGUCCUUCCACGGAGCUUAACGCACAUGAGAACGCCCAUUUGUGUCACAGAUACGUGGCCGCAUGCAUUUCCAAGAAAUGUCCUUGGCGAACUACAGCUGGCACAGUCCAGCCCAGGCGUUCUGUGAGCUGUAGUCUCCGGCAAGUGCAUUCCAAAAAAACCUCAAACACCACAGAAGCUGGACAGCGUAGCAGCAGGGUUUGGCAAGAAAGGAACUCUUUUGCUAGCAAAGGCGAGAGCUCGCGCAGUACCCGCAAGGUCUGCCCACGCCCCCGGAAAGAAAUAUUGGUGUGACCGCACGCUGACCCAGAAAGAGUUUGCCAUGGCCGCACGGUUUUCUGGGAAGUGUAGUUUCUUGGUCCCGGGGCUAUUGUCCUCAAAAGUAGAGGGUAGCCCUUGGUUCCGAGGUGUAUCUUUCACCACAGGAUGACUGUGUGCCCCAGGACACUUCGCGCAUGGUCCUAACUGGCCGGCUGUGGGACAAUAGCCCCAGGCGGUUUAGUUUCUUAGGAAACCUAGACCGGUUUGCCCGCGGCGCGCCAGGUCCGCGCGGCCGCAGAGACUCCUGGGAAGCGUGGUCUUCCGGUGCCGGCGGUUAGCGGAUGGUUCUGGGAAAUGUCGAUCGGCUGUGGGCUGCUCACUGGGUCCGUCCCGCGGUAGCCUCAGGCCUAACGGCGACUCCUAGGCUCAGGGACGAUUCUGGGCAGUGUCGUUCCCGGAGGUCGGCGGCCGUUGCCCGCUCACCAGCGACGCGGGGCGUCAGGUCCGCAGAGGUGCGGGCUCGGGGCGCCUGCGGGGACGGUGAAGCCCCGCUGAGGACUCCGGCCGGUGUGAGUCCCGGGGUCGGCGGCGGGGCUCAGGCCCUGGGUCUGCCCCGCGGUGUGACCCCGGCCGGUGCCUUGGCUUUUCCUGGCCUUCUUGUCCUCCUGUGUAAACGCAGGGUGAUGACGGCGCCGACAUCUUGGCGCUGUUGUGAGAGCGAAGUGGGCGCGUGAGCAGACGCCAGCCACAGUUGUCUGGGUUAUGUCGUCAUGAAGCCGGCGCUUUGCAGUUGUGUAACCUUGAACAAAUAGGACACUGCCCAUCUCUAAGAUAAGAGCCUGGCAAGAGGACUCUGUUGGCUGUUGGGAAAUUGCAGAGUAAUGUCUCAGGUGACAUUUAGUGAUGUGGCUAUAGACUUCUCUCAUGAAGAGUGGGGAUGGCUCGAUUCUGCUCAGAGGGACUUAUACAAGGAUGUGAUGGUCCAGAAUUAUGAGAACCUGGUCUCUGUAGCAGGUCUUUCCGUAACUAAGCCAUAUGUGAUCAUGUUAUUGGAGGAUGGAAAAGAGCCCUGGAUGGUGGAGAAAAAACUGUCAAAAGGUAUGAUUCCAGAUUGGGAAUCAAGAUGGGAAAGCAAGGAAUUAUCAACAAAGAAGGAUAUUUAUGAUGAAGAUUCACCCCAAACAGUAAUGAUAGAAAAAGUUAUAAAACAAAGUUAUGAAUUUUCAAAUUCUAAGAAGAAUUUGGAAUAUAUAGAGAAGUUGGAAGGGAAGCAUGGAAGUCAGGUAGAGCAUUUCAGACCAGCAACUCUCACCUUUACAGAAAGCCCCACUCCAGACAGUGUUUACACCUUUCAUUCAAAGUCUACUCUUUUUGAAACACAAAAAAUUUCUGCUGAAGGGAAUUCACACAAAUAUGAUAUAUUAAAGAAGAACUUACCAAAAAAGUCAGCUGUAAAAAAUGAGAAAAUCAGUGGUGGAAAGACACUUUUGAAUUCUAGUAAAAGUGGGGCAGCUUUCCACCAGAGCAAAUCUCUUACCCUUCACCAAACUUGUACUAGAGAGAAAAUCUAUAUAUGCAGUGAAUGUGGGAAAGCCUUUGGCAAACAGUCAAUCCUCAAUCGCCAUUGGAGAAUUCACACAGGGGAGAAGCCCUAUGAAUGUCGUGAAUGUGGGAAGACUUUUAGCCAUGGCUCAUCCCUUACACGACAUCUGAUAAGCCAUAGUGGAGAGAAACCUUACAAAUGUGUUGAAUGUGGGAAGGCCUUUAGCCAUGUGUCAUCACUUACUAACCAUCAGAGCACUCACACUGGAGAGAAACCAUACGAAUGUAUGAACUGUGGAAAGUCUUUUAGUCGUGUGUCCCAUCUUAUUGAACAUCUAAGAAUUCAUACGCAAGAAAAACUCUAUGAGUGUCGUAUAUGUGGAAAGGCCUUCAUUCAUAGGUCAUCUCUCAUUCACCACCAGAAAAUCCAUACUGGAGAGAAGCCUUAUGAAUGUAGAGAAUGUGGGAAAGCUUUUUGCUGUAGCUCACACCUUACUCGACAUCAAAGAAUUCACACUAUGGAGAAACAAUAUGAAUGCAACAAAUGUCUCAAAGUCUUUAGUAGCCUCUCAUUUCUUGUUCAGCAUCAGAGUAUUCAUACUGAAGAAAAACCCUUUGAAUGUCAGAAAUGCAGGAAAUCCUUCAACCAGCUUGAAUCACUGAAUAUGCAUUUGAGAAAUCAUAUUAGAUUGAAACCCUACGAAUGCAGUAUAUGUGGGAAAGCCUUCACUCAUAGGUCAUCCCUGCUUCAACAUCACAGAAUUCAUACUGGAGAGAAACCUUAUGAAUGUAUUAAAUGUGGGAAAACCUUCAGCUGUAGUUCAAACCUUACUGUACAUCAGAGAAUUCAUACUGGAGAAAAGCCAUAUAAAUGUAAUGAGUGUGGGAAAGCUUUUAGCAAAGGCUCAAAUCUUACUGCCCAUCAAAGAGUACAUAAUGGAGGGAAACCCAAUAAUGUGGUAAGUGUGGGAAAGCCUUUAGACCAUAUGAAUCACUAUACAUGUGAGAAACCUUACAGAAGAGAAACUAUAUGAAGCAGUGUUUAUCAUGGUAAUUUUCAUUCCUAGAUUCUCCCUUAUUUAACAUUAGAAAAAUUUAUACUGGGGAAAGUCUUAUGAACGUGGUGACUGUAGGAAGACUUUUUAGCAAAGAUGUAGGCCUGUUUGUUUAUCAGACGUUAUACUGUAGGGAAAUCAUAUGAAGACCAUACAUGUGGGAAAAUCUUUGUCAGUAUUAAUCCCUUAAUUGGCAUAAGUGUACUCACACUAGGAAAAAAACCCUGUACAUGUAGCAAAUGUGGGAAAGAGUAGGCAAUAGGAAUCUUUUACAAACUCCUACAGGAGAGAAGCUGUAUGAAUGUAGAAAAUUUAGAAAUUGAGGGAAGUCUUCAGUUCCAAGUGUAUCCCUUAUUCUACAGCAGAGAACUCAAAAUAGAGAGAAAUCUCAUUUAAGAGAUGUAGCAAAGUGUUCACUAAGAGUGUUUAUCUUGCUACACAUCAGAAGAUUAAUGGUAGAACAACCUGAAGGAUUUAGGAAUUAUGUGUAAAUCUUUGCAGUCAUGCUAUUUGUAAACUGGAUUCUACAGGAGAGCAAAUAAACAUAAUAAAAUAUGCAUUUCUUAGAGCAGUAGCUUGCAGUUUCAGUUGAGUUAUACUUAGAAAUUCUUUUUAGCUAGUGGACAUGUGAAGAUAUUUAGUCACCCAGAGGAGCCAGUAAGUGUUAUAAUGUUGAAAAUUAAAGCUGCAAAAGAAAUAGUGAUGUUAAUAAAAGUUUUGGCAUCUAAUAAAAUCAUUUUGUAUAUCACAAA